CAGAGACUCUAUCACACUCAUCACUAAUUCAUUCAACUUUUUUGUUUUUUCCACCAAAACACACUCAUUCACCAACUCCCAACCACUCAACUCCGUUCUUCUCCGAGUGAGGGUUUGGAAAAUUGAACAUGAUCAUAAAGGUGAGAGAAUCGACAAUGGUGCGUCCGGCGGAGGAAGGACCGAGAAGGACGCUGUGGAAUUCGAACGUCGAUUUGGUGGUACCGAACUUCCACACGCCUAGCGUGUACUUCUACCGUCCGAACGGCGCGUCAAACUUCUUCGACGCUAAGAUCAUGAAGGAAGCUCUGAGCAAGGUUCUGGUGCCGUUUUAUCCGAUGGCUGGGAGGCUCCGACGCGACGAGGACGGCCGCGUGGAGAUCGAUUGCGACGGUCAAGGGGUUCUGUUCGUGGAGGCGGAGACCGGCGGCGUCAUCGACGAUUUUGGGGAUUUCGCGCCAACGCUUGAGCUUCGGCAAUUAAUCCCAGCCGUUGAUUACUCACAAGGGAUUGAAUCCUAUCCACUCUUGGUACUCCAGGUAACAUAUUUUAAAUGUGGAGGGGUGUCAUUAGGAGUUGGCAUGCAGCACCAUGCAGCAGAUGGAGCUUCUGGUCUUCACUUCAUCAACACAUGGUCCGAUGUAGCUCGCGGCCUUGAGGUGUCGAUCCCACCGUUCAUCGACCGGACACUGCUCCGAGCAAGAGAUCCGCCUCGGCCAGUCUUUGAUCACAUUGAAUACAAGCCCCCACCAUCCAUGAAAACACAAUCAGUAUCACAGCAACAACCGCAAAAACCAGGAUCAGAUGCUGCAGAGGUUUCUAUUUUCAAGCUGACACGUGAUCAACUGAACAAGUUGAAAGCAAAGUCUAAGGAAGAUGGCAACACUGUGAGUUAUAGCUCUUAUGAGAUGUUGGCUGGUCAUGUUUGGAGGAGUGUGUGCAAAGCAAGGGGACUACCAAUGGAUCAAGAAACAAAGUUGUAUAUUGCGACAGAUGGAAGGUCUAGGCUGCAGCCUCCGCUUCCUCCGGGCUACUUUGGCAAUGUGAUAUUCACAACAACACCAAUCGCUGUGGCCGGAGAUCUCAUGUCAAAGCCUAUUUGGUACUCAGCAAGCAGAAUCCACAAUGCUCUGUUGAGGAUGGACAAUGAGUAUUUGAGGUCUGCUCUUGAUUACUUGGAGCUGCAGCCGGAUCUCAAGGCGCUGGUUCGCGGCGCUCACACUUUCAAGUGUCCGAAUCUCGGCAUCACUAGCUGGGUUAGGCUUCCAAUCCAUGAUGCUGAUUUUGGUUGGGGGAGACCUAUUUUCAUGGGGCCUGGAGGGAUUGCCUAUGAAGGAUUGUCUUUCAUAAUUCCGAGUUCAACGAAUUGUGGGAGCUUGUCUGUGGCAAUUGCUCUUCAGCCUGAUCACAUGAAGGUGUUCAAGGAAUUGAUCUAUGACAUUUGAGGAAUGUGAAUGGCCACAUAUGUUUCUAAUAUGGCUUUGCAUUCUUAGUUCUUCUUUUUUGGGUUUUCCUUAGAUACAUUUGAUGAAAGGUGUGCAAAAUCUUAUGGGGCUUAUAUAUACCUUCAUUAUUGCCCUUUCAAGUUUUAUACUCUGUAAACAUAAAUUGGACUCUUAGAGACAAGUGUAUUAAUUAUUAGUUCAAUCU